AUGAUUAGUGCGUUUUUCAUUUACAAUCAGAAGGGCGAAGUCCUCAUCUCACGAUUAUAUCGUCAAGAUCUGAAACGAUCCGUAGCAGAUAUAUUUCGAAUACAAGUAAUAUCUAACACCGAUAUACGAUCACCCAUAGUUACGCUUGGUUCUACUUCAUUUUUUCAUGUUCGCCAUGAAAACCUUUUUAUUGUUGCUGUUACCAAAUGCAAUGCUAACGCCGCCCUAGUGUUCGAAUUUUGUUAUCGACUCGUAAACAUCGGAAAAGCUUAUUUUGGAAAAUUGGAUGAGGAAGCCGUUAAGAAUAAUUUUGUGUUGGUGUAUGAGCUUUUAGAUGAGGUUCUCGAUUUUGGAUAUCCACAAAACAGCGAGACUGACACACUGAAAUUAUACAUUACCACCGAGGGCGUCAAGUCGGAGCGUGCCUUAAAAGAAGACUCAUCGAAAAUUACAAUUCAAGCAACUGGUGCCACAUCAUGGCGAAGACCAGAUAUAAAGUAUCGAAAGAAUGAGGCUUUUAUAGAUGUUAUCGAGUCAAUUAAUCUGUUAAUGAGCGCCAAAGGUACUACACUAAGGGCCGACGUUUCCGGGCAAAUCAUGAUGAGGGCUUAUCUUUCUGGAACACCCGAAUGCAAAUUUGGGUUGAAUGACAAAUUAUUGUUGGAAAAAGACACUUCUAAUAAAGGAAUGGCAAGAAAAUCUACUGCCGUUGAAAUUGAUGAUUGUCAAUUUCAUCAGUGUGUAAAACUUGGAAAAUUCGAUUCAGACCGUACAAUCAGCUUUGUACCGCCAGAUGGUGAAUUUGAAUUGAUGAGGUACCGCACUACUGAAAAUGUCAUUCUUCCAUUCCGUGUCCAUCCGGUAGUCAAUGAAAUUGGAAAAUCUCGUGUCGAGUAUCGGGUCACAGUGAAAGCGAAUUUUUCACCCAAAUUAUACGCGAAUAAUGUAUUAAUAAAGAUCCCCACACCGCUUAAUACCGCCAAUAUAAAUGUUCGUGUCGCUUCAGGAAAAGCGAAAUAUGUACCAGCUGAGAAUGCAAUUGUUUGGAAAAUUCCACGAUUUCAAGGACAGUAUGAAGCAAUGUUAAGUGGAGACGCAGAACUUUCUGCAAUGACAGUUAAAAAGGCAUGGUCGAGACCGCCAAUAUCAAUGGAUUUUCAAGUAUUAAUGUUUACAUCUUCAGGAUUAUUAGUAAGGUUUUUGAAGGUUUUUGAAAAAAGCAAUUAUACUAGUGUCAAAUGGGUAAGGUAUAUGACAAAAGCCGGAAGUUAUCAAAUCAGGAGAAUCUCAAAUAAGAAAAAUAAGAAACAAAGUUCCACGUUGUACAAAAUGACUGGUAACUACGCAGAGGAAGAAUUACAAAGUGUUUCUUGCCUGGAGCAACAAAUUUCGUCUUUCGCCUGUUUUCAUCCACUUCAUAAUAACAGAUUUUAUGAGGAUGGUAGAAGCAAUGCUGGAUAUAAUAGCAAUCAGCAGCAGCAUACAACGGGAGCGCCCUAUCAAAAUUCAAGUUCACAAUCAGGUUAUCCAAGUUCUCAAGCAAAUCUGCCACAUUUAUCGGGUUAUGAUAGAAAAGAUAAUUCAAAUCCGAAGUAUCUUCCUCCAGGACAGGCUUCGUAUGAACCGCUUGAUUCUUAUUCAGAAGAUAAAGAAAUGUUACCAACUGCUGGAUAUUCAGCUGUCGCACCGCAAACAACUGGACCAAAACCUCCAGAAAAUUAUGAUACUCAAAAAAUAUCUGACUUUGAAGACGAACCUAAACCGGAAGCAAAACAUGGUGGUCUGAUGAAAUUUUUCUGUUGUGGAAGUCGAACAUCGUGUGCGAAAACUUGUGGGAUUAUAUGUUGCAUCCUUCUUUUGAUUAUUGUUGGAAUUGUAGCAGCAGUUUUACUAUUGGGACGUGUACCAUCAGUUGAUUUCUUAGGAGUUACGGAUUCUCCCACCGGCGCUCAACCAUAUGUUAAGAAGACUUCUGGAUUUGAUUUUAAUUUUGGUCUCCGUAUCCAAGUUAGCAAUCCUAAUAUCAUUGGUGCAACGUUCUCGAUGAUAAAAGCUGUGGCAUAUUACCCAAGUCCAAAUUCCCAAAAACUUAUCGGGCCUAUCGGGGGUGGAAAUUUAACUAACGUUAACAUUCCAAGUAAAUCCAACAAUACAAUUAUAUUCCCAUUUGCUGUCAAUUAUGAUGCAUCGAUUGAUCCAGGAUUCUCGAUAUUACUUGAUAUCGCAAACAAAUGUGGGCUAACUGGUGGUAGCAAGUCCAAAUUGGCAAUUAAUUACACAUUGACCUUGUCAUUCAAUGUUCUUUUUAUACCUUUGAGCCCAAGUUUCGACAAGACAGCUAAUAUAGACUGCCCUAUUCAGGAUGGUCAAAUACCAAACAUACCAGGCUUCAACAUAUCACAGGCUGCAAGUGAUUUUAGUAAUAAGGCGAGCAAAAUUAAAAGAUUUAUGCCAUUGCCGCUAUUAUGA